AUGAAUCAGGGAGAAGGGAUCUAAUUUCGUUGGAUUAAUGUUGAAAAUAAAGAAAGUAAGGAUUAUCAUGCUCUAAUUGAAGAGUUGGAAAAGUAACACAAGGGAAAAUGUUUGUUGUUUGAUUAGGUUUUGGAAAGCCUGAUUACUUCAGAAAUAUUUGUUAAGGGGGAAAAUAUGAAACUUGUUAUAAUUCAUUAGAUUCCAACUCUUAUACAAAACCUUAUAAAAAAAGAGAGUGAGGUGGAAAAAUUAAACAAAGAAAUACAAGACUAUCGAGUUCAGGCAGAUAAAUAACACUCUGAAGGCAAAAGCAUUGUUUAUAGUAAGUCAACUAAAGAAUUUGAUUUAGAAAAAAAAAUUAAAGAACUAGAGAUAUAAAUUAACAAACUUCAAACACAAUUAGAUGAUUAAAGAUAAGAAAAAGAUGGAAAAAUAUAAAAAAUUCAAGAUUCAUAUGACUAAAAUAAAAAAUUAUUAUUAGAUUAAAACUCUUAAAUUGAAAGAUUAUCGCAAGAAUUAUAUCAAUCUAAAUCUUAAUCAUAGUAGCAAGAUUAAGUUUAAUAUAAUUCAGACUUAGAAUAAAGAUUAGAGAAUUUAAAAGAUGGGAUGAAGCAUUAUUAAUUGUUAUCAGAAGGUUUGAAAAACGAAUUGGAAGGUUUGAAAAACGAUUUAAAGAGAUCAAAAGAAUUAACAGAUCAUUAAUCCAUUUAAUUAACACAUGUAUAAAAAGAAUUGACUUAAUCACAACAAUCAAGAGAAAAAUUAUAAAAUUAAUUAUCUCAAUCAAAAGAAUAAAUUAAUCAUUUAUCCAUUGAAUCACAAUAGUUAUAGCAUGAAUUAUCUGAAUCAAAAGAAAUAGUAAAUAAUUAAAAAAUUGAAAUACAACAGUUAUAAAAUUAAUUAGUUGAAUUAAAAGAAUAAAUAAAUUAUUAAAAUAAUUCAUCAGAUGAAUAAAAAAGGCAAUCACAGAAAUUAUAAUAAACUGCUUGUGAGCUUCAUAAAUUUUGCACUGAUGAAGAAGAAUAGGAGGACAAAUAAAUAUUGGAAAAUCAAAUAAAAUUCCUUGAUAGUACGAUUACAAAAUUUUUGGAUUAAAAUAAAUUGAUCAAAGAUAUCAGUCUUUAAAUUGAUAGAAGUUAAACUUUUUAGAAAUCAAUUGGGUUAGAGAUAUAUCAAGUAACAUUAAAGGAACAAGAAUUUUUGAAAUGUAUCAAUGAAAAGAACUUUUUCUUUAGGCAAAAUUGUAUUUAUAAAAAGAAAUGCCAUUAUGCUUAAAGUAUUAAUGAAAAAUAAAUGUCUAUAAUUGCUCAUGGAUAGUAAAUAAAUAUCUAAAAAGUGUUUGCACAUCCAAUGUCUAACCAUGAAGCUAUUGAUACCAUUUUAAAUUUAUUAAUUGUAUAGGGCUAUUUUAAUUUAUUUUAAAGAGAUCAUUUAUAAAAUAACAUGCAAUAAUUUUAACAAAUAUGGAAUUUGAAAUUCCCAAAAUAAUUCUUAGUCAAGGAUUAAAUGGACAAUUAUUCCGUUUAUUAAGAAUGCCUGUAAACCGAUAUUAAAAUUUUUAUACCUUUUUAAAAUAUAUCACCUAUGGAUCAAUAUAUUUCUUCAUUUUUUAGAUAUUUCUAUUUUGCAACAAAUAAAAAUUUUGCAAUAUCAGAAUGCUAAUAUGGGGAAUAAACAAAUAAAAAUUUUGGAUUAAUAGAAUGCUAAUAUGGGGAAAAAAUAGAAAUCAUAAUAUUAAGCAUUAUUAUACAUUCAAACUAUGAAAAAGGAUUUUCAUUAUUAGAUUAAGGAAGAUCUAAAAUUGAGGAAUUCGAAAAAAUGCUUAAGGCUCAAGAAGGAAUAAAUUAAAGAUAUUGGUCUGAUCAAUUAUAGAAUCAGGCAAAAAAAGUUUGGUAUGAACAAAAAUGA